AUUAAAAUGGACCACUUUUAGUUUUAGCAGCCAAACUUAAUUCCACGUUUACCGCAAUCUUCCUGUCUUUAAACCCUCAAAAGCUUUGAUCCCAUUUCCGUUCGUCAAGAAGACUUCUCUUCUCUACACCAAACCCAACGUUCCCGGAGAAAAGAAAAAACAUUCCCACCCCCUAUAUAUAGCAGAUAUACUUAUCCUCUCUAAUUAUAAUUAUAAAUAGAAAAAACCAUCAACCGAAACUAUUCCUUCCUCCCUCUCUCUCUCUCUGUUCAGUUCUUCCUGUUCUUUGAAUAAUCAAUCAUUCAAUGGGUUCCUAUCCAAAAUCCAUGUCUAUGUCGAGGACAUCAAUUCUUGCUGCAGCUGAUGCAGCUUCGUGGUUUGUAGCAGCGGUGAUCUUGUCUCUCAUCCUUUUGAGCACAGUUAAAGAAGACCCUGUUUCCUAUGGAACUUCUUCAAUCAGAGGAAACCGGUUCAUGGGCCAUAAGCCCUGUGAUGAAAUAUAUGUGGUUGGAGAAGGGGAAACUCUGCACACCAUCAGUGACAAGUGCGGGGAUCCAUUCAUCGUGGAGCAGAACCCACAUAUUCAUGACCCAGACGAUGUUUUCCCUGGCCUCGUCAUUAAGAUUACUCCCAAGCCCACCCACUCGUAAUCCGGAAUUGUCUUCCUAGUAGAGAGAUAGACCAUCAUCAUGCGGGUUUUGAAAAAUCAGUUUUUAAUUUCUUGCCUCCUUUGUGGAUCGGAGGACAUGAUAUGUAUAGAACAGCUUCUACCUAUACUUUUUUCUUUUUCUUUUACUCCAUUUCUGAAAUUAAGAAGCGGUAAACGUAUUGUGCAUAUGGUUUGGCGCCAUAUCCAGGCCGCUAAUACUGUUUUGAUCAAUAAAGUAGUGAGAUCUUCUUAUCCAACUUUUAUCAGUUUCUCUUUUAUAGUAUUUUGUAACACCCACUGUUCUUUUUUCGGGCUCAUUCAUUAAGUGCUCUGUAUUUUAAUUACUCUGUUUCUUGAAUUCUAAUAGAAGAAAAUCGGUAUCUGCAGAGACGACGAACUUUAUCAGUAAUCAUUAGGAAAUCUCUCUGCUUAAUGAUUUGUUUUAUGUUCCACCCUCAUUUGAUCGAUCUUUUCGAUUUGGAUUUUGGUGUAUACUUAAGAGUAACAGUAGUUGUUAUGAUUUUAUUUUAUUUUAUUUUAUUUGGGUAGGAGGAAGUACCGU